CAUAUGGGCGGCUGUUUUAUUUAUUUUAUUUAGAUUUCUCAUUUCAAUUAAAAUUAAAAUAUUUAAGACGUAUAUUGGAUUACGAAUACUAAUAAUUCAAAUACUAAAGCAGCGCUAAAAAUGUCUCGUCAGACCUCUAGACUGGACGCUAAGAAAGUUAAUUCCGAGCUGUUGACGCUCACCUAUGGCGCACUGGUGUCUCAGAUGUUGAAGGAGAUUGACAACACGGAUGAUGUAAAUAAGCAGCUCGAGAGAAUCGGGUAUAACAUUGGUGUACGUCUCAUUGAGGACUUUUUAUCCCGAACUACGUCCACCCGCUGUCUGGAGAUGAGGGAGACUGCUGAUAAACUUCAGCAGGCGUUUAGGUUAUACCUAAACAUGCAGCCAACAGUAACCAGCUGGAGUAGUUCCGGAGACGAGUUCUCGCUGGUCUGGGACCAGUGUCCUCUGAGCGAGUGGGUGGAAAUGCCCAACAACGGACUUAAGUACUGCAUGCUGAUACCGGGGGCUAUUCGGGGCGCAUUGCAAAUGGUGCAGCUGGAAGUGCAAUGCUGGUUUGUUCAGGAUCAACUGAAAGGUGAUCCCGUGACUGAGCUUCGAGUUAAAUACAUCAAGAGGCUAGAAGAUGCUGUGCCCGCUGGAGAGGACUAGACAUGGACUGUUAGUAAUUUUAUUUUUGUUAUAUUAUACUCAAAAGGGUAGUUAAGAUUGCACUUUGUCCGCUUAUUGGUUGCCAAUCACACACACACACACACUUCUCAGUAAUCUCAAAGAGAAUUAGAAGACAGUGCUCAUUCCAUACGUCGGUUUUGUUACCAAAAAGACUAUUAUUUUCGUAGUCGACAUCUAGCGACACGUAGCGGAAAUAUCAGUACUGCUACUCGACAAUAGAUGUCGCGGCAAACGGAAUGUCUAAUGCUCAACGAUUUUCAGCGAAUAUUAUAACCGGAUUAACCGGAACUCUAUUUUUAACUCCUGCUUAUAGUUAUUAAUUGUUGAGCAAUACACUUUUGACAUGUGACAUCUAGGGUCGAGUAGCAGUACUGAUAGUUCCGCUACAUGAAACCGAGCGACCAGGGGUAAGAGAAAGACAUAUUCAUGUAUUGACAGGUUAAUGCAUGGCAGCAUAAUCCUUUUUCUCUUUUACUCUUAUAAAUUUCGGUAUUUCGCCAUCGCCUCCUACCUAUGCUGCCAUAAAAGCAUGGCACUAUUUUCUCUUUCCUCUUAUAGGAAUCGCAAUAAGACUAUCUUUCUCUAUCAAAGAGUGUCAGGCCCUUGUCCCACAUCCACUAGGGCGGCGCCACAGUCAUGCACGGAGCGAAUUCCCGGGCUUCUUGGUACCUACUUCUUUGGUGUAAAGCAAACACAAAUUGGCAGCAAGUUCCGUAAAAAAAUACUAGAUGUCGCUAUAUCAAACAACUUUGCACGCCAUCUAUUGACGGAUAGCUGACGAUGGAAACAUUAAAAUGAACAAUUUACUUUGUGAAUUGUUAUGCAAAUUAUAUUAUAUAAUAAAAGUACGAACUCUGAAGAUUUUCCAAACAACAUUGCAACAAAAAAAAGAAGUUUUCAUUAAAAUAAAGAUAAAUUCCUGAAGUCCAUUAUGUUCGUGUUGUUCUGACAAAAUCUUUAGUACCCAUUUUAUUUGCUAAAUUGAAGAUAGAAACUAAAUGUAAUAAAUGUAUUUUCUUUCUUCUUUCUUUCUUUAAUUACAAAUUAAUAGUUUUGAGGCUGAAAUCUUAAAAAAGUGAAAAAACUUAGUUUAAAAGUUUUUUUUAGAAACUAUCUUCAAUAUAUGUAAGGCUACCUAUUAAAAUGUUAUUUAAAAA